AUGUCUAGCAGGUAUAGAGUUGAGUAUAACCUUAAGGUUCAUAAGAAGGACGCCUUUAUCGAAUGGAUUAAAGGGUUGUUGGCGGUGCCCUUCGUGUUGCAAGCGGGAACAGAUUCAGGUGCUGAAAGGACCUAUAAGCAGUACUGUAGCAUAUUCAGCGAUAUUGAAAAUUUGGUUUCCCAAAAGAUUGAAAUCCAGAACAGGCGUAGGCAGUUGGGAUCUCUAGAAGAAGCAAGGCUAGAUCAACUAGUUCCACAAGUUGGAACGUUUUUCACCCAUUUACCCUUGGUGGAAGCUUUCGAAGUUCAAAACAGAAGACGUGCUAUAUGUAGCAGAAAAAUGGUUUCUCCGUCCUUUAAUGAUAUCAGACACAUUUUAAACUCUGCCCAGAUUUUGGCCUUACUCAAAUCGAAAGAAUUGAAAUUGGUCACUUUUGAUGGUGACGUUACGCUAUAUGAGGAUGGGGGAUCCAUUGAAAGAGGUGGUAAAAUCGUUACAAGGAUUAUCACGUUGUUGAAACGUGGGAUCAACGUUGGUGUUGUCACUGCCGCCGGGUAUGAUGACCCAGAUAAAUACAAGGAACGUCUGUAUGGACUAUGCUUUGCGUUGUUCUCCGAUAAGUCAAUGUCGUUGGAACAGAAAUCAAAAUUGACCGUUAUGGGAGGUGAAUCUAACUAUUUGUUCCAGUAUUUCGAGACCUCGGAACAAUUUGGUUUUAAGUCCAUUGAUGACGAUGAAUGGGUGCCCUCAAGUGUUAAAGCUUGGUCUGAUGAUGAUAUCGACGCUACCUUAGACGUCGCACAGACGUGUUUUGGCGAAUUAAGUCAUCUGCUUGCAUUACCAUCGAAAUGUCAAAUUAUCCGCAAAAAAAGAGCAGUUGGAUUUGUCCCUGGUUUCAUCUUCGAUGAUGAACUAGAGGUUAACGUUAAGAUCAAAAUCCCAAGAGAAGCGUUGGAGGAAAUGGUUCUUGUUGUACAAAAGAAACUAGAAUCAUAUCCACCCGCACAAAAUAUACAAUUUAGUUGCUUUGAUGGUGGCAGCGAUGUUUGGUGUGAUAUUGGUGGUAAAGACCUGGGUGUGUCUAUCUUACAGAAUUUUUACCAAACAGACUCUCCGAUCACAGCGGCGCAAACGUUACACAUUGGUGACCAAUUCGCUCCCAAAGGUUCCGCAAACGAUUUCAAAGCUCGUAGUGCUGGCUGCACAUUGUGGAUCUCAUCUCCUCGUGAGACAAUCGAGGUAUUAGAUGAUCUCUUACCAUAUCUAUAG